UUGUCAGAUCAGAACUAAAAUGAGCGGCAGAGGUAAAACCGGCGGUAAGGCGAGAGCGAAGGCCAAGACUCGCUCAUCCAGAGCUGGACUGCAGUUCCCCGUCGGCCGUGUUCACAGACUUCUCCGUAAAGGCAACUAUGCUGAGCGUGUCGGUGCCGGUGCUCCCGUCUAUCUGGCCGCAGUGCUCGAGUAUCUGACCGCUGAGAUCCUGGAGUUGGCCGGAAACGCCGCUCGUGACAACAAGAAGACUCGCAUCAUUCCCCGUCAUCUGCAGCUGGCGGUGCGCAAUGACGAGGAGCUGAACAAACUUCUGGGCGGUGUGACCAUCGCUCAGGGCGGCGUGCUGCCCAACAUCCAGGCUGUGCUGUUGCCCAAGAAGACCGAGAAGCCCGCCAAGACCAAAUAAACGAACACAAGUUCACUUCAACACAAAGGCUCUUUUAAGAGCCACCCACUCCA